CCGUUGCCAUGGCAAUAGGACGCUCCGGCCGGGCCCUGAUGGCGGCCGCGGGGCCGGACACGGGACCGGCCACAGGAGUGACCACAGGAGCGGCCACGGGGCCGGACCGGGGCCCGGACACGUCGCUGGUGUCGCUGUACCGCUGGCUGGACACGGUGCCACUGUCGCGGCCGCGCAGGAACAUCGCCCGCGACUUCAGCGACGGGGUGCUGGCGGCCGAGGUGGUGAAGUUCUUCUUCCCCUCCAUGGUGGAGCUGCACAGCUUCGUGCCCACGAGCUCCACGGCGCAGAAAGUGGCCAACUGGGGACACCUCAACAG